UUAUUUAGAGAUUAUAUUAUUAAAAAACGUUAUAAAAAUUCUAUUUGAAUAUUAAUGUAGUUGUUAUCUAUUUUUUAUUAAUUUUCAGUGCAGUGAUUUGAAUUUAUAAAAUUAUUAUUUUGUUGAGUAAAUCUCUAAGAUUUAAACUGGUUUAUCAAGUAAUUUAUUUAUACUCACUGUGCUGACGCCCCUGUGUUGAAUGGAAUGUGUUCGAGUUGUGAUGCGUGUUACGACACCACAUACGCAGUGUAAAACAUUUCAUGUAUGAGUGACUGGGUGUGGCAUCGCCAUAUUUUGGUGCAUGGUAUGUGUUUGUUUGAAUUUAACUUGAUAUGCUGAUUAAUUAUUUUAUUUUUGUUUGUGUGUUCUAUUGGUAAUGUGUGUAUAUAUUUUUGUUUGUUUGUAGCUCAUUGCCAAUUUGAAAAUUUAAUUAAAAUAAAAGAACCGUAAAAAAGAACUUGACUUUACUCGUUACAAAUGGCGUCGUGGACAUACAAUUAAAAAAAUCUUUUGGCAAUGAGUUACUUCUAGGCCCACACUCGAUGACAACUUCGGAAUUCUGAAGUGCCUUUUGCCUUUGUCGACGUUUAACAGACUACAGUGCCAUUCGAUUGACGUUUCUGAUGUCCUGAGUUCUAAGUUCAACUACCAAUUAACGAGUGCAUUCGCCAAAGACUUUGAGUUUGGUUUAUGAUCAACGUCAACACAACGGACAUCCGAGUGUUCCAAACAACGCCCAUUGAGGUGACAAAAAAAACUUCACCUGUUUAUAAUUGUGCACUUAAACAAUAAGAAUUGUGUAAUUAUAUCUGUGCAUUUGUGUAUUAAUCCACUCUUUCAAAUAUGUCUACUAAGCGGGAAAUGAAAGAACUUCUUGAACUUGAAAAAGAAAAAUCAGAACAGUUAGAGAGUGAAAUAGCAACACUUCACCAGAGGUUGAAGAAAACUGAAAGUGCUUUGAGUUUAAAAGAAAUAGAAAUGAAAUAUAAACAUGAACCAAAACCAAAUAAAACUGUCUAUGUUGCGAGAGAGAAAAAGAUUGCAAGGUUGUGUGGUAGACCUGUGAAAGAGAGUGACCCUGAUGUAGCAGAAUGGUUAGAUGAUGCUAGGCAACAUUUAAAAGUUAUUGAUGAUGAAGAUGCAAAGAUAGAUUUUUUGAUGGACAAUUUAGGUGGUCAGGCAAAAGAUGAAAUAAGAUUAAGACCUAGAAUGGAAAGAAAUACAUCUGACAAAAUUUUAGAUAUCAUUAAAGAUGUUUUUGCAAGUACAGAAACUUUGGGCGCGUUGCAACAGCAAUUCUAUCAAAGAGAUCAGAAACAUGGCGAGUCGUUGCAAAAUUACUCUUUAGCAUUAAUGAAAUUACUCGACAAGAUCGUGGCAAAAGAUUACAAAGCUGUAAGCGAUUUCGAUGAGAUGUUAAAAGAGCGGUUUGUUGAAGGCAUUCGUGAUUCAUCUCUCCGAAGAGAGAUUAGACGGUUUUCGUUCGAACAGAAAUCUAUGCCUUUUGGUGAAUUUAGACAAACAGUGUUACGAUGGUCUGAAGAUUACAAGAGUGAGCCACUGGGUAAGUCAUGCUCAGUACAUGAAACUAGCAUUCAAGAGAGUAUGAAAACAAAGGUUACAAAAUCACAUGAUGAUGGUCAGUUAUCAGAUAUUCUUGAUAUUCUAAAAUUGCAACAAAAGCAAAUAGAUGAAAAUCAAAAAGAGUUAAAGAAAUUUUCGGAAGAGGUUAUGAGAAAAGUAAAUCCACAGUUUGAAACCAAACCCUUGCAAGGAAGACAAUUUCCUAAAGUCAAACAAUCCCAUUUAACAUGUUUCUGUUGUGGUGGAAAGGGACACAAAGUACAAGACUGUAGUACUCAGUUAGAAAACAACAAUCCUCCACGCAAAGAGGAUCAUAGACAGAGCUAUAGGACAAUGUCCUGUCGUAACAGUACAGAUUGA